UGAAAAUCCAUUACACGUCACUAUAAGCGCAAAUCCCAGUACUUCUGCCGGUAAAAUACUGCAGAUCACGAAUUACAGAGCCAGUCUGAAGUGGUAAAGCCCUUGCGAGUUAGGGAACCAUGGCCACCCCAUCAGCCGGAGGCCAGACGGCAAACCCCUACGAGCAAUACGAUGCGCCAGUCGUCGAGGACGACAUCAUAGACGCAGACGAUGCGACGCUUGACGAUCUCGAUGACCCGAUCCGCUCCACCUCCGACCGCGCGCCCUUGACCGGGAAUAUUUCCUCAUCACAAGCGAACCAGAACGCUCGUACUGCGAACAAUACACAAGGCUACCUCAACUCGGUGGUCGCAGGCGAGGACCGCCGUGCUGCGCUCAGCACAAUCGAUGAAUCAGUGUGGGACACGCUCAGGCGGGACUUGCUAGCAGUAUGGGAAAAGAUGCGACAGGUCCUCUACCCGAAGUAUCUCUUGGGCGGCAUGAUUGCGCCUGGUGGUGGUAUCGGUGGUGCUGAAAGAGGAGAAGGAGACAGUCUGGCAGGAGGUGCUGGUGCGCUCGGAAACCUACGCGGCCUGGUGGGAAGAUGGCCGGAUGCGGAUGUUGUUCUGCAAGGCGGAAUGAGCGAGGGUCUGAGAAAUUGGGAUCUAUGGGGUCCAUUGCUUUUCUGCCUUCUGCUCUCCUUCCUGCUAAGCUUCAGCGCAAAAGACGACCAGCGCUCAGUAGUAUUCAGUGGAGUCUUCGCGACGAUCUGGAUAGGCGAGGCAGUUGUCACCAUGCAAAUCAAGUUGCUAGGGGGGAACAUCUCCUUCUUUCAAUCCGUUUGCAUCAUCGGCUACACGUUGUUCCCGCUGGUCAUCGCUGCGCUUCUUAGCGCGCUCGGUACUCCCAUGAUUGUUCGUAUCCCCGUCUAUAUCAUUCUGGGUCUCUGGUCAAUGGCUGCUGGUAUCAGCAUUCUGGGUGGAAGCGGCGUUGUAAAGAAUCGGGUGGGCUUGGCCGUGUACCCAUUGCUUGUGUUUUACAUUGGACUUGACUGUCUAUGCUUCAUCUCCUAGACGAGACGCAAGUGGAUGUAUCAAUAUCUGUACAUUGCGCAGUAUCAAUUUAAUGUUAAACGUUUGCGAACAUGUGACU